AUGGCGUCCUCCAGAGCCUCCGACUCUGUCUUCCAAGCUGCUCCAUUCAUCCCAGCAGAUGCAAACUUUGCUCUCACUGCGCAAUACAAUCUUGACCAGAGUUCGAGUAAGGUCAACCUAGGCCAGGGAACCUAUCGCGAUGAGUCCGGACAAUCAUGGACCCUUCCUUCUGUGGCCAUGAGUCGCGAGAAAAUUGCAAAGGAAGGGUUGUUCCAUGAGUAUCUGCCCAUCUUGGGUACUACCAAAUUUCGAAAUGGAGUUGCGAAACUGGUGAUGGGAGAGGAUAGGUACAAUGCCCGCGCGAGUAAGAUCGCAAGUUGUCAAUCUAUUUCAGGAACAGGUGCUUUGCACCUAGCUGUGUUCGAUUCUCUGGGCUUCAACUGCCUCGCCUACCGCUAUUACGACCCUCUAACUCAAGCACUCGACUUUGAAUCUGUCAUCGACACGCUCAAUUCCGCGAAAGCUGGCUCGAUAGUGAUUUUACAUGCCUGCGCACACAAUCCUACUGGUUGCGAUCCCGGUCCCGAACAAUGGCGCCAAAUUGGAGAGCUGAUGAUGAGGAAGAAACUGUUUCCGCUUUUCGAUGCAGCAUACCUAGGCUUCAAUUCUGGGAAUAUCGACAAGGAUGCUUUCGCGAUACGCCAUUUUGUCAACACUUUGGAGCUCGAAGCCAUUGUUUGCGUUUCUUUUGCGAAAAACAUGGGACUUUACGGUGAACGAGUGGGUUGCGUACUACUAGCCACAGCCUCAGAGACUGCGGCAAAGAACUCACAGUCCUGUCUGGAAUCACUCACACGCUCCGAGAUCUCCAAUCCGCCCGCGUACGGAGCGAAGAUUGCAACAAAGAUACUCGAAGAUGAAGAUCUGUUGGCGCAAUGGCAUGAAGAUCUACUCACCAUGAGCUCCAGAAUCUUGGGGAUGAGGAGAGCUCUUUAUGAUGCUUUGAGUAAACUCUUGUUUUUGGAUUGGUCGCAUGUAAUUCGACAAUCAGGAAUGUUCGGGUUCCUUGGCCUGACUCUUGAUGUAGUGAGAGAGCUGAGAGAAACUCAUCAUAUUUACAUGGCUGACAGCUCGCGCAUCUCCAUCGCUGGCUUGAAUCCUACCAACGUCGAAUACGUGGCUUCCUGCAUCAUAAAAUGCUUGAGGUCAAGCAAGGAUGUUCGUGUAUAG